CAGUCUUUGCAGUGUCUUGACGUCACUCGGUGCUUGCAUGGGCUGUGCUAUUGUUUUACAGAGAGUCUGGGCAGUGAAUUGCAGUAUCUGGUUUCUGCUACCUAGUCUUGCCUCGCUGCAUCCAUCAAAAGAGGGGACAUACUGACCUUGGCUUGUCUUUUGGAUUAAUAUACUGCAAAAGAAGCAGAUUGGGAUUGCUGUCUUUUUUUUUUCUGUUCUUGAAGGCAUUUUGUCUGGUUUGGUACAGGGAAGGGUUGUGAUUAGACUUCAGCUCUUGAAAGAGAACACCUGGCAGCUGGAGAGACUGGGCUGCAGUGUCUGCUUUCAUGACCCCUGCUGUGUGACUGGUGCAUCCUUUUUUAAUUUAUUUAAACCAUCAUUUCUGGACAGCCAUGUUUGGUACUGAAUCUUCAUUGAGUAUGUUUUUGAACACGUUAACGCCCAAGUUCUAUGUUGCCUUGACAGGCACUUCCUCGUUAAUCUCAGGUCUUAUAUUGAUAUUUGAAUGGUGGUACUUUCGCAAAUAUGGAACCUCAUUCAUAGAGCAGGUCUCUGUGAGUCACUUGCGUCCCCUUCUUGGUGGGGUUGAUAGUAAUUCUCCAAGCAACACAAAUACUACUAAUGGAGAGACAGACUCCAACAGACAGAGUGUAUCUGAGUGCAAAGUCUGGCGAAAUCCAUUAAACUUGUUUAGAGGAGCAGAGUACAAUCGUUAUACAUGGGUCACUGGACGGGAACCUCUAACAUAUUACGAUAUGAAUCUUUCUGCGCAGGACCACCAAACAUUUUUUACUUGUGACACUGAUCAUUUGCGGCCUUCAGAUGCUAAAUUCCAGAGGAAUUAUCCAACCAAAUCUGUCUUUGUUUGCGGACAGCCUCACCCUCCUCCCAAAGUAAUGCAGAAAGCCUGGAGAGAGAGAAAUCCGCAAGCUCGAAUAUCAGCUGCUCAUGAAGCCUUAGAGUUAAACGACUUUGCCACCGCUUAUAUAUUACUGGCUGAAGAGGAGGCAACAACCAUUGUAGAAGCAGAAAAGCUAUUUAAACAGGCUUUGAAAGCAGGAGAAAGCUGUUACAGACGUAGCCAGCAAUUGCAGCAUCAUGGAACCCAGUAUGAAGCACAACACAGACGAGACACUAAUGUAUUGGUUUACAUUAAAAGGAGGUUGGCGAUGUGUGCAAGAAAGCUGGGACGAACAAGAGAAGCAGUAAAAAUGAUGAGAGAUUUAAUGAAGGAGUUCCCACUUCUCAGCAUGUUCAACAUUCAUGAAAACUUACUGGAAGCCCUCCUUGAGCUACAGGCAUAUGCAGAUGUACAAGCAGUUUUAGCAAAAUAUGAUGAUAUAAGUUUACCAAAGUCAGCAACUAUAUGUUACACUGCAGCACUUCUUAAAGCACGAGCUGUCUCAGACAAGUUCUCUCCAGAGGCUGCCUCCAGGCGAGGGUUAAGCACUGCAGAGAUGAACGCUGUUGAAGCAAUACACAGAGCAGUAGAAUUUAAUCCACAUGUGCCAAAAUAUCUCUUAGAAAUGAAAAGUUUAAUACUACCCCCAGAACAUAUUUUGAAGCGAGGGGAUAGUGAAGCAAUAGCAUAUGCAUUUUUUCAUCUACAGCACUGGAAAAGGGUAGAAGGAGCGUUGAAUCUCUUACACUGUACAUGGGAAGGAACUUUUAGAAUGAUUCCAUAUCCUUUAGAAAAAGGUCACCUUUUCUACCCAUAUCCUAUCUGUACAGAAACAGCAGACAGAGAAUUACUACCAUCAUUUCAUGAAGUUUCAGUUUACCCUAAAAAGGAGCUGCCUUUCUUCAUUCUCUUCACAGCUGGUUUGUGCUCAUUUACAGCAAUGCUUGCACUUCUCACACAUCAGUUUCCAGAGCUCAUGGGAGUCUUUGCAAAAGCAUUUCUGAGCACUCUUUUUGCACCAUUGAAUUUCGUGAUGGAGAAAGUGGAAAGUAUUUUACCUUCCAGUCUAUGGCACCAGCUGACACGAAUUUAGGAAGAAUUCUAAUUUAUUGACUGCCAUGACAUUCUGUGUGCCAAGCUGGAAUUUUGAUGUCAGAAAGACUUAUGAAAGGACGACGGCACACAAAUGUAAAGACUAUACUUUUUUUUUUUUUUUUUUUUUUUUUAAUUUUUAUUUUUUAGGACAGAAAUUUUUGUUGUACAAAAAUAUUGAUGUUCCGUUAUAAUAUUUUGGCCUUCAGAAAAAAAAAAAAAGAAAGAAAGAAAA